UUGGACGGUUGGUACGUCUGGUCUGUGUUGUGUUUUUGAACCACUCGGUUCGGUUUGUUUCAGUUUCAGUUGCGCUCGCUUCGAGUGUAGAUCGCCGCGUUCGUAUCGUGUGGGUGUCAAAGUGCCUCGUUGUUGUGUUGGAAUAGAGCCACUGUUUAUCCACUGAAUUCUUGUUUGAUUGUGGAUGCAAAGAAAAUACACAUUGUUUUCGUUGAUUUAUUGAGCUCAAAGACUGAAACGUGAUUCUUCCUCGGAAGUUUUCCUUCGCUUUUUAUGAAGCUAUGUAGUCCUAGUCUACAUUACCUGUGAUCUGUCCAAGGCAUUUCUCCCAACAUGGCCCCAGUCAACCUGAAUCUUAUCUCGCUGAAAUGUCUGCUUUUCUUGUUCUUCGGAGGUCUGGGAUGCCUGAUCCCUGCACUGUGGCAGGCAGGCUACAAAGUUGGUCUGCACGCCGACGAGCUCUACCUCGUGUCUAUAGUGGCGCCCAUGGUGGCGCUGAUAGGCCCUCUCGUAGCAGCACCCCUGGCUGAUCGACUGGGCGUCCCUGCACAGGGCUCUACCGCACGCUACGGCAGAUAUAUGCGCUCGAUGCUCGUCGUAGUCACCUUACUCGGUGGCGUGUUCUACACAGCGCUACUCUAUGUGCCUCAGGUUUCCCGCCUUCAUGAGCGCAACCCAGCUGUCUCCUUCCUCUGUUCUCCUGAAGGUUCUGUGGUGAUGCAGGACCAAUGCCAGGAGUUGCCUUGUUACAACUGGCCUAGUGAUAAUAGAGGCACAUUGUUCCUGAGCUCGUGCCGCUACGUUUGUGGCGACGGCCCCAUCAGUCCCGGGGGGUUCUUUAGCACUCCGGCCCCCAACAAUACCUCCGAUGAAGACUAUGGGGAGACCAGCGAAGAGGAGAUUGAGGAGGAGGAUCCUCGAGUGAAACGGGACAUUACUGCUGACAUGCCUCACUUGUGCUUCGAACAAAAUGGACAGUCAGUGUGUCAUGUAUAUACAGAAUACAGCAAACAGCUUCCGAUCAAUGUUACUCUGGCUCCCUCCCUGCCUCCACUGGACCCAUCACAUUGGUGUAGCUACAAUAUAUUGGACAAGAUAACGUGCAAGCAGCCAACGCUGGCUCCGUCACAUCAAUCGGAGAACUGUUCCGUUGUCUGCGACCUAGAUGACCCGUACAACAACUCCCAGAGUCUGCUGUUGGAGAGCGAGUGUCGACAUACAUUUGGAGACCCUCAAUUCACCUUCUGGUCUUUCCUACUGUUACGCAGUGUAGCUGACAUUUUCCCCACAACGGCGAUAGCGUUAUUAGCAGCUUGUCUCGUUGUGGCUUCCAGGGAAAGUCCAUCUCUCCUGUGUCGUCAGUUGAUCUACGCUGUGGUUGGCUACGCAUUCUUCCCUCCCGCUGUAGACUUCGCCAUCGAGUUUCUCCUACCUUCAGAUCCAGUGCCUGACAAACACCAACAUUUUUACAGCUACUAUAUCUUCACUUUUGCAGCUCUCAGCGUCAUCUCAUCGGUGAUUCUCCUUUUUGAUCGGUCCUUACCCCUCUCUCCAGUGGACUACCAUCUGCAUGCCCCUGGACCCUUCACAGUGAGAGGCGCCGGAGGACAAGUUGGCGCUCUCUCUCUGGUCCUGGUGUUACUGGGACUACUCAGCUGCGCCAUCGACUCUUACAUACCUUGGGAGUCAGUGGUCCUAGCUCUGAUACCAUCCGUGUUGGUUUUGUGGUAUUCUGAAAAGGUUGUGGAUUACUGCGGCCACUCAAACAUUCUGAUUUUGGCCUUCACAUUCUACAUAAUUCGUUAUACAGGCCUGCUGAUUUUCCAAGAUGUGCUGGCGCAGUUUGCACUCGGCGCGCUGGAGGUGUUCACUCUAGUGCUAGCCUGGAGCACGGCCAUCUUGUAUCUGCGCCAUCUCGUGCCUCGUCAUCUGUUGGUCACCGGCCAAGCACUCACUGUCAUCGCCUUCUUCUGUAUUGGUCGAUGUCUCGGCGCCAUUGUUGGUGGUUUGAUGUCAGAAAACCUGAAAACGCCAACUGUAAUUCCCAAAUGGAGCGACUAUUUGUCUGAGACUCUAUACAAAACUGGGGCCUUCCUCUCAGCAAUUGUUGCGUGUUUGUACUUUGUUCUUUACCACUUCUGUCUCAAGCACCAGUGGCGGAAACAGAACAACUCAUCGGUUGCUCAGCCCCCUGUUCAUGACACAAAUGCCAAUGGCACUUACACUCCACUGAAAGUGUACAACCAGCCAGCUAAAGAUCAACGCAUUCGCUACUGAGUCAUCCAUAUUGGAUGUGACUGUUAUAAACAUGCAGCUUUUUAUGUACAGUUUUUAAUUUUAUUUGUGGAAAAAAUCUUGUUUUCAAGAUUUUGUAAAUUUACUUUUUAUUUUUGUAUUUUGUACAGGUUUUAUAAGUUCAUUUUACAAAUAAUAUUUUUGCUUUUGAAAAUAUAUGUAUAGGUGAUUAUAAUUAAGUUAGAUAUUCAAAACAUAAGGUUUAUAUUUAAUUUGUUGUGAUAUGUUUUCAAACUUUAUCCUAGAAAAACAAUGUUCAAUUUUAAGUCAAUACUAGUUGUUAAAUAGAUAUUGUUUGUGUUUUAAGUUGCUUUGAUGAGUCCAAGCAAAACUAUGAUGUUCGAAAUGUUUGUAUAGGUUAUUGAGAAAAGAAAAGAAAAAGUAUUAAACAUUUUGGUUGCUAUACUAUUUUUAUUUUAUUCCAGAGUGGAAAUAUUACAUUUUUACCUUUUAAGUAAAGUUUGAGAUAACACAUUAGUACUUUGUUAUAUGUAAUUAUGUUAAGGUUUUAAAUUAUUCUCAUAAAUGUUUGUAUGUGAAUCAUGACACUAAUUGUAUUUGCUUGUGUUGAAUGUUUGUAAAAUAAAACAUAUU